UCGUUAAGAGUUUUCAUAAGAAUCACUUGCAUCGUAACAAAUGCGAUGAAAAAAAGCAACCCAUAGAAGUAUCUUCCAAUGAUAAUGGUGGCCCUAAUAUAGAAAGUAACUUAUCCGAAGAACAUAAUGAAGUCAUUAAAAAAUUAGAAGCUAAUAAUGAACCUUCAAAUGACGUUACAAUACCAGAAGUGUCUACUGAUAAAGUAAAAGAAACUCCAGAAGAAAAAAUAACUCAUUUAGAACCCACAAAAUGUGGAGCAAAAGAGCAACUACAAGAGUUAUCCUCUUCUAAAAGCCCAAAUUUAAAGAGAAAAUCAUCCGAAAAAGAUGAGAAAAUCAUAAAAAAGUCUAAAGUUAGUUCUGAAGUUUCGCCUUCAAAUAUGAAUGACGUGUUGCCUGCCGUGUCCGUUGUCAAAAUUGAUGAAAUACCAAAGAAAGAAAUAGAAGUGACGCAUGAUCCGAACACAAAUGAACUAGAUCAGUAUAACGCGCCUUCGUUUAAGUCCCCUAAAUCUUGGUACACUUCGGACACAAUUAAUGAUUAUCUCAAAUUGAUAGUGAAAAGGUCCAAUGGCGAAGUUCAUGCUGUCGUUACCGACUUCAUACCAGCAUAUCUUCGAGGAGGUUAUCCAGCUGUCAGAAGAUGGAUAAAAAAAGAUAUCCAUACAUUAAAGUUUCUUUUUGUGCCAAUGAAUGUACUUGGCGGACAUUGGAUAUUGACUGUGGUAAACGUACCCGAAAGAACUGUGACAUCAUAUGACAGUCUUAAGUGUUAUGAUGGUCCUUAUCCUAUGGUACUGAAAGAGUAUCUUACUGACUGGGAGAUGGAUAAAAAAGGAGCAGCUUCGUCGUGGACUUUAAAAAUCGGCGAGACAACUCGUCAAACUAAUGGGUAUGACUGUGGUCCAUUUACGGUCGAGUUAGCCGAAAAAAUGGCUCGUGGAGACACAACUCCUAUAAAUGCGAGUCUUAUGCCUUCUGUAAGAUUAAGACACAGAGAAGAAAUUAUAGCCGGGCAACUAUUUCAAUAAUUUCUCAUGAAAGAAAUUGCUUAAAUGGUUUAUAUAAAGUUCCUAAUUUUU